CAUCCAUCAUUUCGUCUUCUCCUUCCAAUUCUCGCAUCCAUUGUCCCUUUCAAUAGGGCGUAUUUGAAUAGGAUGCAGUAGGGACAUUUUUGCGACCGAUUAUCGUCUGACUUUUGUUCCCCUCCCCGAACCGAUGACUUGAUUGCUCGAGAGCCGAGCCUGUCGCCCGUGUCGUUUAAGCCCUUCUGGGGCUGACUGGUUAUACAAACAUGUUUACAUUCACUCCUCUCCUUGGUGCCCAAUCCUCCUUCUCCAAGGCCUCUCAGUCCAUCUUGGAACUGGAUGGCGGAGUUAAAAUCCUUGUGGAUGUGGGCUGGGACGAUGCCUUUGACCCCCUCGACCUGCUAGAGCUAGAGAAACAUAUUCCUACUCUGUCGUUCAUUCUUCUGACUCACGCGACCCCUUCGCAUAUCGGUGCCUUUGCGCAUUGCUGCAAAACUUUCCCUCUUUUCACUCAGAUACCCGUUUACGCCACAGGCCCUGUUAUUGCACUCGGUCGCACCCUUCUCCAAGACUUAUACGCGUCUGCACCGCUUGCAGCGACAUUCCUGCCUAAAGCCUCGCUGUCGGAACCUGGUACCUCCACACCGGCCGCGUCUGCCGUAUCUGUCCCAGAGACUGAUGGAAGCGCCGACCCGAGUCAUCCUGGGCGUAUCUUAUUACAACCUCCGACUGCCGAGGAGAUCGCCAGAUAUUUCUCCUUGGUUCACCCAUUGAAGUAUUCACAGCCCCACCAACCUCUCCCAUCUCCCUUCUCCCCACCACUAAACGGUCUCACACUCACUGCCUACAAUGCUGGUCAUACUGUGGGUGGAACAAUAUGGCAUAUUCAGCAUGGUAUGGAGUCGAUAGUUUACGCUGUCGACUGGAAUCAAGCUAGGGAAAGUGUUGUCGCAGGUGCGGCAUGGUUCGGAGGGUCUGGUGCAAGUGGAACCGAAGUUAUUGAGCAGCUGCGCAAACCUACAGCCCUGGUUUGUAGUACGCGUGGUGGUGAUAAAUUUGCCCUUCCGGGAGGAAGGAAGAAGCGCGAUGACAUGCUCCUAGACAUGAUCCGUAGCACUCUCGCUAAGGGGGGUACCGUUCUGAUCCCGACAGAUACAAGCGCCCGGGUUCUGGAACUAGCUUAUGCGCUGGAGCAUGCAUGGCGUGAUGCUGCUCGGGAUGCUCAGGGUGAUGAUGUGCUGAAGAAAGGUGGUCUAUACCUGGCUGGCCGAAAAGCUCACACAACUAUGAGACUCGCUCGCAGCAUGUUGGAAUGGAUGGACGAGAAUAUCGUGCGGGAGUUUGAAGCGGCUGAGGGUACAGACGCCACCGCUGGCCAGUCUCAAUCCAAUAAUGAGGGACAGCGCCCUGCUCAGGGUAAAGCAGAUGGUAAAGGAGUUGGACCUUUUACAUUCAAGCACCUGAAGAUCGUCGAGCGAAGGAAUAAAUUGGAAAAACUCCUUACAGACCCCACGCCCAAGGUUAUUCUCGCCUCUGAUUCGUCUUUAGACUGGGGGUUUGCAAAGGAAUCCCUACGUCUGGUGGCGGAUGGCCCGAACAACCUCCUCUUACUUACCGAACCACUUCACUACGAAAAACUCACUGAAAAUCGCGAAGAACCUCUACGAAAGAGUCUCGGUAGUAUGCUUUGGCAAUGGUAUGAAGAAAGGAAGGAUGGUGUCGCUCUAGAGAAAGGAUCAGAUGGCGAAAUGCUUGAACAAAUCCACAGCGGUGGAAGAGAGCUGUCAUGGACCGAUGUGCAACGUGCGCCGCUCGAACCGGGCGAACAAUUCCUCUAUCAGCAAUACCUUGCCACAAAGCGUCAGCUCCAGGAUACUUCCCAAGCGAGAGGCCAAGAGAACCUCGAUACUGCCGCCGACGCCCUCGACGACCGCUCCAGCUCUACGUCUGAAGAUUCGGAGACUGAGCAACAAGGGCGAGUGUUGAAUUUCUCUACCUCUUUAGCGCAUUCAAAUCGGAACAAGCUUGGGCUCAGUGACGAGGACCUUGGCGUUAACAUUCUUCUACGGCGCAAAGGUGUGUAUGAUUACGAUGUUCGCGGCAAAAAGGGCCGUGAGCGGAUGUUCCCAUAUGUGGCACCAAGAAAGAAAGGUGACGAAUACGGUGAAUUCAUUCGACCUGAAGAAUACCUGCGAGCGGAGGAGCGAGAGGAGAUCGACAUGCAGCAGCGUAGAUCAGAGUCCCAGACGAAGCUAGGUCAGAAACGGAGAUGGGACGAGGCUGGUCCACAUGGACGUCAUCUCACUGGUGGCCCAACAAAACGACAACCCGGCCUGGACGGAGCAGAUAGAAAAGACACCGACAUGGUGGAUGAUAUCAGUUUGGCCGACGAUGGCGAUGGCGCCGAAGCUGCGGCUUCAUCGGCCGACGAGAUGGAGGAGCAACCCUUUGAAGGUCCCGCGAAAGCAAUUUAUGAGAAGGCCGCGCUUACCAUUAAUGCUCGCCUCGCAUUUGUGGACUUUACGGGAUUACAUGACAAGAGGAGUCUUGAGAUGCUGAUACCUCUUAUCCAGCCAAGGAAAUUGAUUCUUGUAGGUGGGAUGAAGGAGGAAACCACGGCAUUGGCAGCAGAAUGCCAGAAGCUUCUCGCUGCCAAGGCAGGUGUUGAUGUCUCUGCUGCCACGGCAUCCGUCAUCUUCACUCCAGCCAACCGGGAGCUUAUUGACGCGAGUGUCGACACGAAUGCCUGGAUGGUUAAGCUCAGCAACAACCUCGUACGACGUCUGAAAUGGCAGCACGUCCGGACUCUCGGUGUAGUUACGCUGACGGGCCAAUUGAAGGGGCCAGAACUGACCCUCCCGGAGGAAGCGACAACGGACCUGCCCAACAAGAAGCAAAAGGUAGCCGAUGAAACCAGUGGUGAGCCUGAGGCCGAGUCCCAGGCCCCCGUUGAAACAAAACCAACCGUCGAGAAAGCUGAUGCUUAUCCCAUUCUCGACAUUCUCCCAGCUAACAUGGCUUCUGGAACACGGUCUAUGACCCGACCUCUCCACGUGGGUGAUCUCCGCCUCGCGGAUCUGCGCAAGCUUAUGCAAGCUGCCGGCCAUAAAGCCGAAUUCCGUGGUGAAGGAACCCUCCUGAUCGAUGGCAUGGUGGCUGUGCGCAAGUCUGGCACGGGAAGAAUCGAGAUCGAAGCUGCUGCUUACUCCGCCGUUCCCAAUGCUGCGUUGGGCCAUGGCGCAGGAAGUUUCCUUGCCGUGAAACGGAAAAUCUAUGAAGGUCUUGCUGUUGUAGCGGAGAAUUAGCUACUUCGAACAUCAUCUCUUUUUUUUUUUUUUUUUCCCCCAAUGAAUGUCAUAUAUAGGAACUACGAGGCAACUACGAGGCACCGCUGUAUAGUGUAUUUUUGU